AUGGUGUACAAUGAAUCUUGUCAUCGCUAUCGCAAUUUGCAAUCAUCGAUUUUAAUUUGGUUAACUUUGAAUCCAGAUGAAACAAAAAUUCCAGAACUUCGAAAAAUAAUUAACUAUGCCAAAUUAUUUAAUGAUGUUGAUCUAUGUAACAAAUACAUUGAAAGUGUUGAGGACGAUGAUAAAAUUUAUGUCAUUUCAAACGUUCCUGAUUAUCAUUCGAAAAAAGCUCGAAUAUAUCCUUACAACACCGCAGAUGAAGAAUCUAGUAGAAAUUUCGAUGAAGCAAUUAAUGAUAUUAAAAAUGAUUAUAAUGUUCAACUAAAUCCAUUAGGAAUAAAUAUUUUCAAACAAUCAACUCAUUUGAAAUUGGGUAGUGAGUUUUUAUGGUUUCAGUUUGUUAUUGAAGAGCUAAUCGAUGUCGUCUACGAUCAGGAUAAAGCAAAGCAGGACUUAAUUGAAAUGUAUAAACAAUAUUUUAAUGGCAAUGUUCAACAAGAAGAAAAUAUACAAAAAUUUGAAAAUACGUAUCGAUCAGAAAAUGCUUUGCAAUGGUACAGUAGAUAA